AUGGCUUCUUCACAAUCUCUAACUCUCAUCUCCAAAUGCACCAUCCUCCCAGACCAAAAAUCGAUACUCUCUGACCUCAAACUCUUAGUCUCCGAUCUUCCGAUGCUCUCCUAUCACUACAUUCAAAAGGGUGGUCUCUUCACUCGCCCUCCUGUUCCAAUUGACUCUCGCAUCUUUCUCCUCCAAUGUGGUCUUUCCCAGACUCUCUCUCUCUUCCCACCACUCGUCGGACGUCUCAAAACUGACCCUUCCGGUUAUGUUUAUAUCACAUGUAACGACGCCGAAGUUGACUUCAUUCACGCUAGUGCAAUUCACAUUCAUGUUCGCGACAUUUUGUCCCCAACUGAUGUCCCUAAUUAUGUCAAAGAGUUCUUCGCUUUUGAUAGGACACCGAGUUACGACGGCCAUUUCAAGCCUAUAUUGGCUAUGCAAGUGAUUGAGCUCGCUGACGGCGUUUUCAUUGGUUGUGCACUCAAUCACGCCGUUACUGAUGGCAUGUCGUUUUGGAACUUUUUCAAUAUUUUUGUGGAGAUUUCGAGGGUACCAGACUUCCGCCGUGAAUCGGUGUUGAUCUUGCCGGCUGUUCUCAGAGUCCCUGAAGAUGGACCCAAGAGUCAAAUUGAUGGGGAAGCAAAGCAACAAUCCUUUGAAGGUCGUCGAUGGGAAGAUAAUGCCGUUGAAAUGGCUAUAAAACACCUGGUGACAUGUGCUCGGAAACUACCAUCAUCCAAAACGACAACGUUCAGAAUGGCGGUGAAUUGCCGUCAUCGGCUUGAACCAAAGCUUGAUUCGUACUAUUUUGGAAACGCAAUUCAGAGCAUUCCAACGUAUGCCUCCGCCGACAACGUUCUGUCACGUGAUCUCUGA